GGAAAGGGAUCUAUCAUGUGGCUUGGUCGUUCUGUCUCGCCCAAAAAUGUACCUGUGGUGUCAACUGGUUCUUUUGCUCUUGAUAUAGCACUAGGAGUCGGUGGUCUUCCAAAGGGUCGUGUUGUGGAAAUAUUUGGUCCAGAGGCUUCUGGAAAAACAACUCUUGCUUUGCAUGUGAUAUCGGAGGCACAGAAGCUAGGAGGCUAUUGUGCCUUUGUUGAUGCUGAGCAUGCACUUGAUAAGGCACUUGCAGAGUCUAUUGGCGUAAAUACUGAGAACUUGCUUCUUUCACAACCAGAUUGUGGUGAACAAGCACUUAGCCUUGUGGAUACCUUAAUCCGGAGUGGUUCAGUUGAUGUAAUUGUUGUUGACAGCGUGGCUGCUCUUGUUCCUAAAGGUGAGCUUGAUGGUGAGAUGGGUGAUGCUCACAUGGCAAUGCAGGCUAGGUUGAUGAGCCAGGCGCUUCGGAAAUUGUGCCACUCCUUGUCACUUUCACAGUGUAUAUUGAUUUUUAUAAACCAGGUGAGGUCAAAGAUUUCUACUUUUGGGGGAUUUGGUGGGCCAACUGAAGUUACUUGUGGCGGUAAUGCAUUGAAAUUCUAUGCUUCUGUGCGGCUAAAUAUCAAAAGAAUAGGGCUUGUCAAGAAGGGUGAAGAGACUUUAGGAAGCCAGGUUCUUGUGAAGGUUGUGAAGAACAAGCUUGCGCCUCCAUUUAAAACAGCACAGUUUGAGCUUCAGUUUGGCAAGGGUAUAUGUAGAGAAGCAGAGAUCAUAGAGUUGAGCCUAAAACACAAACUCAUCAAAAAGAGUGGUUCAUUUUACGAAUAUAACGGCCGGAAUUUCCACGGCAAGGAUGCUCUGAAGAGGUUCCUCGCUGACAGUGAUAAUAGUACACAAGAAUUAACAACAAAGCUUAGGGAGAAGCUUCUUAAUGUGGAGAUAGAAAUGGUGCCAGAGGCGCAGGUGAUGAUUGGAGAUGUUACAGUAGAAAUGGCAUCACUUGAUUCUACUGAUGAGGAAGCAGCUGUAGCUGUAGAAGCAUGAAUUUGCAAAUGACCUUAGAAGUAUGGCAUGCUCUAUUUUCCCUGCUUCAAAAAAUGGACCCUUGUGGUAC